AUGGCGGGGGGUGAGGACAGCGGGGCGUGGGGACGGCGGGGGAGGCUCUCAGAGCCAGCGGCUCCUGUGCUGGUGCCGGGCAGGGAGGGCGCGGGCGCGGGCGCGGGCGCCUCUGGACCUGGGCCGCCUCGCAGGGCCACGCCUUCCCCUGAGGUCGGAGGACACGGGUUCCCUGGGCCUCAGGGUGGGGUCUCCUUGCCACCCAGGUCCGUGCCCGCGUGUGGCGUGGAGGACGGGCCGUCCCUGCUGCUGAGGGCCAGUCCCGAGUGGUGGCUGGGGUCCCCGGAGGGCAGGGACAGCAGCGCCCCCGCUGGGGCCCCGGCCGGGAGCCCGCUGGACAGGAUGGAGCCCGGCUUCCUGGCAGGCCCUGAGCCCAGCGCCCAGGAGACCCCGGACGGCCCCCUGGAGCCGUGGGGCUGGGACAUGGGCUGCCCCAGCCUGGCCUUCCGGGACGAGGUGGACAGCAUCUUCCCCGACUUCUUCGCCUGCUAG